UUCGCUUUUGCGUCGAGGAUUAGCCAGUAAGACUAUAUACGUAGCAAACGUCUCAUUCAAUUCCACCGAGCAAGGACUUGAAGAACUAGGUUCAAAAUUCGGUAAGGUUGAGUCCGUCCGUAUGCCAAGAGAUUACGAAGGUAGAAGUCGCGGUUAUGGUUUUAUCGAAUAUUCUCAAGAGGAAGAAGCUGCUAAAGCCAUGGACGGACUUAACGUAAGCAGGAGUAACAUGAGCAAACUUCUUUCUGCUACUGGCGGGGGAUCGGAUAAUAGGAUUGCAGAUGAUCUACUGGGAAAAAGAUAG